AUGCAUUUUUGUCCCCUGGGUGCCCAGGAAGAAUUUGGGGAACGGACAGAUCAGGAGGACUGUCAACCACCCAGGUUCAAGAGCUCAUCAGAUGCGGAGCUUCCUUCCACAACGCUGCAUGGACUUCUUGGAUGCGCAGUAGGUCAUGAGGUCGUUGAGGAGUUGUCCAUUCCUCUUGGCGAGGCCAACACAUUGCAUGUUCUACGGCGCCUACUCCAACAGUUCCAGGAACACGAUCGAAGGCGGCAAGGAGCGGUAGAGGCAGAGGUGGCUAUGGAGCUUCUCCUAGCACAUGGAGUUCCUCGAAAGAUAGCACGCCUGUGCCUGGAGUCGAGUGGGAGUCACUUUCAUUAUGUUACGCUGAUGAAUGAUCUCCUCGCCUCGAAAGAAAGGUAUGGCUACCAGUACGUAUUGGAACUUUUCCAAAGCUUGGACACAGACUCUUCUGGGAGCCUGAGUCUACAGGAGCUGCGCGGGCUCAUCGGUGGCGGCGUCUUUCAGCUGCAGCAUGCAGAAGAUGUGGAGCAGUUGCUGGCCUGGAUGGACACCAACCAGGAUGGCACGGUCUCCUUCACCGAGUUCCUCAAUGUGGCGCUGGAAUACGGCCAGAUAAACACAAGAGCUGAAGGUGAGAACACCUCGCCAAGCUUUUGGGCAGGGCUUGGGUUGCAAGGUUGGGGUGUAUCCUCAACCGAAAGUGCAGCUCCAGUUCAGUCUAUGGCAGCGCAGCGCAAUAGAGGAAGCUCAAUGGCAGGCAUUGCCCAGACAGCUCGAGGUUCCAUGGCAGACCCUGAGGGCCAAAUCAGCACGCAGGCGCCUGAUGCCUCUCCCAAGGUUUGGCGAUUACGAGUGGGCAUCUUCAGUGCAUCCAGCACAGGCACCCCCGAGAUGCCGACCUUCGAGUCUGCCUACUGCAUUUGCUCUUUGUGUGGGGAAGAUGCUGGGUCUAAUGCCAUCGAACUUUUCCGAACUGGCUCAGUCAGAUUUCACAAGCAAGCCACCUGGAACAUCGAGGAGGAGCUCCUGGACUACCAGCCCCCAGACGGCCUCGAAUUCGCGAUUGUCUGUCAAGGUCAGUCGGAGGAGAGGCUGUUUGGCAAAGCGCGGUUGGGACACCGGCAAUUCUUUCCGUUAGGCUGCAAUACGCGGCUGACCCUGUCACGUAGUGGCGGCGGAAUUCAAGGUACGCUAUGGUUGAAAAUUCUGGUCAUGGAGGAUGAUGGGAGCCUCGUAUCGGAAGCACCACUUCAAGACCCAGCCCCGGCUAUGCCGAAGCAGCCAGGCGGAUACAGUGGCCUUGGCUACGGAGCUGGACCAGGCCGUGGGAGCAAACAUGUCGUGGAUGAGGCAAACACAGGCCCAUCGGUGACGUGGGGAAGGUCUUGGGUGGAAGAUCGCCCUCCAGUGCUGGCCGCAAUCCGAAACCGGCGUUUGCCUCCUGCACCGCCUCCCGUGCAGUGGGUACCUCAACAUCCACAUGUCGUGGACGGAGGUUUCUGGGCUCCUGUGUACUCCCCUUCGCACGUUCACGCAGCUACGCCGACACUACGGCAGACCGCGCACCAUGCCAUGGGAGGGGCCGUGCUGUCACCGAGCCGCGCCUGA